UCGGUGGCAACGGGCGGCAAAAGCGGACGCAGCCGAAGUUCAUUUACAACAUUCAGAAACAUCAGAAACGAAAUUCCUCAGAAAAUCGCGCGGAGUAGUCCUGAAUGAAAGCGGCUUAAAGUGCCACACACACACACAACAGUUGAAGCACAAUUAAAGAGUCGAUACAAUAAUUUUUCGAAAGAAUGUUCGAAAUGUUUAACAAAUUAUAUUGUAAUGUGCCAUGCGGCUGCCAUAAGUAGGCAACAACAAUAAUAACAACAAAAACAACAACAACAACAAUAAUAUUACGCGGGUGAAUUGGUUAAAACAAAUAAAGCGAAAAAUGGCAACAAACGGUAAAGCGACAACAACAACAAAUGUUCAACGUAUUCAACGAAUGUGGCAGCAUCAUCUUGUGUUGUUGUUGUGGCAGUGAGCAUAAAAUUGCAUUCGUUGUUAACAUUAAAAUGCCAUUUGAGUUGGCGGCGUUUCAGUGAGUUUCAGUGACCAGUGCUUCUCAAACUGUGCAGCGAGUCGGAUUAAUAUGUAUGCUGCGUAAACAGCAAUUGAAAAAGUGCAGCAGCUGCCACGCUGAGCCAUUAAAAGCACCAACAACAAUAACAACUACUACGACAAAAAUAACAACAACAAGAAUAAUAAAAGAAAACCACAAACGAGCUGCGAACAAACAAACCACGCUCCAUCAGCAACAGCAACAUCAACAACAACAACAACAAUAGGCAUUAAGAAAAAUAAAUAACCGAAGAAGCGACAACAACAGCGAAUAUGACGACCAUUAAGCUGCUUAUUAUCGGUUGCUUGUGGCUUUGGAUGGCGCCGAGGGAUGGCGGGGCAGAUGAAUCGCUGGACACACGCGAAGGCGUCGAUCUGGUGCUCAAGUGCCGUUUCACCGAGCAUUAUGAUUCAACUGACUUCACCUUCUACUGGGCCCGAUGGACCUGCUGCCCCACAUUGUUCGAGAACGUGGCCAUUGGCGAUGUGCAGCUCAACUCGAAUUAUCGACUUGACUUUCGGCCUGGACGCGGCGUUUACGAUCUGCAAAUUAAGAACACCUCGUACAAUCGAGACAAUGGACGAUUCGAGUGUCGCAUCAAGGCCAAAGGCACCGGCGCCGAUGUGCAUCAGGAGUUUUACAAUGUGACCGUGCUAACGGCACCACAUCCGCCGAUGGUAACACCCGGCAACAUUGCGGUCGCCACCGAGGAGAAACCACUUGAGCUCACCUGCAGCAGCAUUGGCGGCUCACCGGAUCCUAUGAUAACCUGGUAUCGUGAGGGCAGCAAUGUGCCGUUGCAGUCAUAUGCACUAAAGGGCGGCUCAAAGAACCACUACACGAAUGCCACACUGCAGAUACUGCCCAGAAGGGCCGAUGAUGGUGCCAAGUAUAAAUGCGUCGUUUGGAAUCGAGCCAUGCCCGAGGGCCAUUCACUGGAGACCAGCGUGGCUCUCAACGUCAACUAUUAUCCCCGCGUCGAGGUGGGACCACAGAACCCACUGCGCAUCGAACGCGAUCACAUUGCCAAGCUGGAUUGCCGCAUCGAUGCGAAGCCAAUGGUGUCGAAUGUCCGCUGGUCACGCAACGGCCAAUAUGUGAGUGCCACCCCCAGUCAUACGAUCUAUCGUGUGAGUCGCCAUCAUGCCGGCAAAUACACCUGCAGUGCGGACAAUGGACUCGGCAAAACGGGCGAGAAGGACAUAAUACUCGAUGUGCUCUACCCACCCAUCGUCACCAUCGAGUCGAAAACCCACGAGGCCGAGGAAGGUGAGACGGUGUUGGUGCGUUGCAAUGUCACCGCCAAUCCGCCGCCCAUCAACAUCGAGUGGCUGAAGGAAGGUGCUCCCGAUUUCCGUUACACUGGCGAGCUGCUCUCUCUGGUCUCAGUGCGUGCCGAGCACGCUGGCAACUACAUCUGUCGCUCGGUGAAUGUGAUGCAACCGUACAACUCCAAGCGCAUCGAGGGUGUGGGCAACUCCACGGUGGCCCUACUAGUGCGACAUCGUCCCGGCCAGGCGUACAUCUCCCCAAACAAACCGGUUGUACACGUAGGCAAUGGGGUAACGCUCAGCUGUUCGGCCAAUCCGCCGGGUUGGCCAGUGCCGCAGUAUCGCUGGUUUCGCGACAUGGACGGCGAGAUGAGCAACACGCAAAAGAUACUGGCACAGGGACCGCAGUACUCCAUACCCAAGGCGCAUUUGGGCAGCGAGGGACGCUAUCAUUGUCACGCGGUCAAUGAGCUGGGCAUUGGCAAAAUGGCCACCAUAGUGCUGGAGGUGCAUCAGCCGCCGCAGUUCAUCGCCAAGCUGCAGCAGCAUGUGACGCGUCGUGUAGGCGAUGUGGACUAUGCGGUCACGUGCAGCGCCAAGGCGAAGCCAACGCCACAGAUACGUUGGAUCAAAGAUGGCACCGAAAUACUGCCCACACGCAAGCUAUACGAGAUUAGAACAACGCCUAGUGAGACAGCUGGCGGUGUUGUUACGGUGCAAAGUAUUUUACGUUUUCGCGGCAAGGCACGACCCAACGGCAAUCAACUGUUGCCGGGAGAUCGAGGCCUCUUCACUUGUCUUUACGAGAACGAUGUCAACUCGGCGAACUCAUCGAUGCAUCUGCGCAUCGAGCAUGAACCCAUUGUCCUGCAUCAGUACAAUAAGGUGGCCUACGAUGUCCGUGAAUCCGCUGAGGUGGUAUGCAAGGUGCAAGCCUAUCCCAAGCCGGAGUUUCAAUGGCAAUUCGGCAACAAUCCCUCGCCGCUCACAAUGUCCUCUGAUGGACACUAUGAGAUUAGUACACGCAUGGACAAUAAUGACAUUUAUAUCUCCAUAUUGAGAAUAGCACACCUGCAGCACUCAGACUACGGGGAGUACACGUGUCGUGCCGUGAAUCCACUCGACACCAUACGCACACAGAUACGUCUGCAGCCCAAGGGACCGCCAGAGAAACCCUCGGGAUUGAAAGUCAUCGAAGUGGCACACAAUUAUGCUGUACUUAGUUGGCAACCGGGCUUCAAUGGCGGUCUGAUGAGCACCAAAUAUUCGGUGAGCUAUCGACGGGUGGCCACGCCCAGGGAACAAUUGCUCUCGGAUUGCUCGGGACACGCCUUUGCUCCCAGUUAUCAGGUGGUUAGUAGCUCAUCGCAAGUGGGCGCCCAUGAAUGGAUCGAAUUUAACUGUUUCCGCGAGAAUCCCUGCAAGCUGGCGCCAUUGGAUCAACAUCAGAGCUAUAUGUUCCGAGUGUAUGCAUUGAAUUCGAAAGGCAAUUCGGGUUAUUCCAAUGAGAUUUUGGCCACCACAAAAGUUAGCAAAAUACCGCCACCCUUACAUGUGAGCUACGAUCCCAAUUCCCAUGUGCUGGGCAUCAAUGUCGCGGCCACUUGUCUCUCGCUGAUUGCUGUUGUCGAAUCCUUGGUCACUCGCGAUGCCACCGUACCCAUGUGGGAGAUUGUCGAGACACUGACGCUGCUGCCCUCGGGCAGUGAGGCCACCUUCAAGGAGGCUGUCAUCAAUCAGAUGGCACGCACCGCUCACUAUACGACGGCCAGCAGUUCGGGACGCAACUUAAACCCAUCCACGCAUGGACAACUGGGUGAGGAUCGCACAAUGGCGCUGGCAGAAACUGCAGGACCGGGGCCAGUUGUGCGUGUGAAACUGUGUUUGCUGGCCAAUCAUGAACACUGCGGCGCCUACGCGAAUGCUGAAAUUGGCAAAUCGUACAUGAAACACAGCUCGGGGAUAGCCACAUCGGCCGUGGUUGCCAUCAUCAUAGCGGGCAUCUCGUUUGUGCUACUGUUGCUGCUGCUCUACGCAUUCUGUCGCUGCCGGCGCACGCAUGCGGCCAAGAAGCAAGCAGCAGCGGCUGCCACAAACACAACAACCAAUGCCAAUGGCAACAGCAACAGUAGUAGCAAGGAGUACGAUGUGGAUGCCUCCUUGGUGGGCACAACAACAGUAACAUCGGCAACGGCAGCGGGAACGGGAACGACAUCGACGGAUAACAACGCAUCAUCGACACUUGCCCCACCGCCGCCACCGCCAUACUAUCCCACGGGUAGUUUGGAUAGCAAACAGUUGGAUGGUGGCAUGGAAUUAACACUGACAGCGUUGCACGAUCCCGACGAGCAACUAAACAUGCAACAAGGCGAAUUGCUGCACACGUAUCCAAAGCAGACGUCGCAACCCGGCGGCGCCAGCAGCCUCUAUGGUGGCCACCACCAAUCGCAUUCGAAUGGCUACGGAUACCAUGUGACAAGUGGCAUUGGCAUCGAUAGCGACAGCUAUCAAGUGCUGCCCUCCAGUGCCGGACAUCAUGGCGAGUCAGGACCACUUGAGUCGACUCCAGUGCCAACAGGCAACAGCAGCCAGCUCCAACAGCUGCAAGCAGCACGCGCCGCCAAACUAACGAAGCAGCCCACCAUCAACAACACCAACAACUCUCAAACCAUGCACAACAACAACGCCACCGCCACCGCCAUCGCCACCGGCAACAGCAGCAGCAACAACCUGAGCAACAGCCUGAGCAACAACUCCACCUUGAAGCGUGGAGGAGGAAGCAGCAACCUUGGUCAGUUGCAGCGUGAGAAGCGCGCUUUGCAGGAGCAAUUACAGGGACUUGGACUGGGGCAGGGGCAGGAACAGGGACAGCGGCAGCUGGUGACCGCAGCCACGGCUGGCACCACAACGGCGCUGGCAACGACAAUUACAACAACUUCACGUAAUGCCAAAACCGCAACAACAACAACAACGCUCGCCAUCACAGGGUCGAACAAUGGGCAGGAGAAUAACUAUAGCAAUGCACGCGAUCUGUCACAGGAGGCGCUCUGGCGUCUGCAGCAGUUGCAACACCAACAGCAGCAAAUCUAUGUGGAACAGCGACCGCCAUCCGCAUUCAGUGGCCUGGUGGAUUACGCCGGUUAUCCCAUGGCUGCUGCUGUGCCACCCACGCACAUAACCACAGUGACCAGUUCGCUGAGUCAACAGAGCUUUGGACAACAACAACAACAACAACAGCAAAGAGAGUUGACAGCAUCACAGCAGCAACAGCAACCGUUGGCGCCGCAUGAGAUGCUGCAGGCAGCGCAACGCUAUGGAACAUUGAGAAAGUCGAAGCAACCACCGCUGCCACCACAACGCAAGGAUCAACAGCAACAGCAGCAACAGCAACAACAGCAACAUCAACAACAUCAACAGCAACAGCAGCUGGCGGACAUAAUACAGGAUUUAGCAAAUUAAACUAAUUGCCAGUGAAGAGACAUUACAACAACAGCAACAACAAAACAGCAAAAUGAACAACACAAAAACGUUUAACAAACACGUUUUGACAUUAGCAUUAAGUAAGUAAAUUGAGCCGAAAACACACACACACACACAGACACAGAUGAAUUGCAGCAAUUAAAAUGCAAUUAAUGUGUCAUAAAAAUGUACUAGAAAUCGCAAAUACAGCAAAUUCUAUUAGGUGUCUUCUAACUAACAGAAAACAGAAAAGAGUAUUCGAUUUACGUGUAGAAUUAUUGCAAAUUUCGACCAAAAAACAAAUUAAGCAAAAUCCAAAUCUUUAGAUUUACUCGUAGAACACUAAGCACUGCAGUGAAAAGAGGCAUUUAAUGUAUAAACUAUGCAAAAAAUAUUCCAAGAAAAAAACGAAAAACGAAAACUAAAAACCACAGCGAAAAACCAAAGAUAAAAUGCACUUUAACUAAGAAAUUAAUUGUAAAAUACACAGAGUGAGUUGAGCUAAGAUCAUUUAAAUGAACACCAUUGCAAAAAAAAAUAUUUUUUUUGACAACAACUAUUUCUGAACCCAUAAAUUAUAUUUCGUUCUUCAACUACUGCUUGAAAAUACAUUUCAGAAAAGUUUAUUUAAUGUGGAAGCCAUAUAAAUAAAGCCUUAAAUCCUCAACUGAAUUUAAAAUAUAUUUCAAUAAAGCAUAUUUAAACUACAUUUCACCCUUUUUAUAAUUCCUUGUAAUCAUUGUUGAAAAUAAUUAUUAAUUCUAUAUAUUAUGUGGCCAAAAUGAGGUUGCCUAUUUCGUUUAUGCCCGCAUUGAAUGGCGACAAGUGCAAAUAAUUGUAGCAUGAAAUUCUGUCUGCAAUUGUUGUAAAGCCAAAAGCCAAACACAAAAGCCACCUUUGAGGUUAUGUUUGCCCAAAAAUCAAAACAAAAAUCCUGCGGCUAAUAUGGAAAAUUUACUAAAAUCAAAUAAACAGUUAUUGUAUCCUAACUCAAUACACAUAUACACACACACACAUAUACACACACAGACAUAUUCAGAUUGCCGUGAAAUGGCAUUUUAAUUGCAUUGACAACAAAAAACUAAACGCUAAGCGGGGAAACCAAAGUUUAAAUACUCUUAUUUGAAUUUUAACUGAUUUCACAGUUUAAAAAUGUGCCAAAUGCAGUAUAUAAAUUUGAAUGCUUAAACUUUUUUUGGUUUAAAAAAUUUUAAAUAAUUAUAAA